AAUGUAUAAUUUUUGUUUGGAUUAGUUAAAUAAGCGUUAGUCCACCAAAAUCCACCCACGUGGUUAGCUUUUGGCUGAAGUGCCAGAUGCUGGUCCUCACCGGAAGAGUCACAACCAGGUCGUACCGGUUCCAACUCGAGUAUCUUAAAGAUCAAAGAGGAAGCAACCACAUUCAGGACUGAGAACGCCCACCUGCCUUACUUCCGGUCCCGUCCUUUGCUCGGAGCUCGACAGAUUGGCUCCCAGAGCGGGGGGCGUGGUCUGGGCGGGACUUCCGGUCUUUUCGGAAAGACAGACGCUGCCCCAGGUUGCGGGAAGAUUUGAACUGCUGUUGAUUUCCUGUGUUUACUUGGCGGGGAGGUAGUUGGCGUUUCAGCGUCUUACCUGCUAGUGACUCGACAAACGUCUCGGCCAAAAAUAUUCUCCCUGUGGCCUUAUUCCUCUGCGCUGGUCUCUUUUCUCUCGUGAAGACACAUCACUUGUUGGUAAUUCGUCAAAUUCAUGAAAAUAUCCCUCGAGAAGCACUCGUGUGUGGACUUUAAGCAUUUCGGCAAAUAAAGCCCAGGGGCCGUUGAUGGACCUUAUUUCCACGACUUUUCAUCUCAGAACUGCCGUGUGAGUCCAAGACGUUGGUGGAGGUUUUGUCUUCACCUUGGCAGGACAUUUUAUCCAUAGUCAUAGUAAUGGCAGCUGAAGUGCGGAUGGUACUUUAUGAAGAUGAUUCUGUGCAAGUGCAAUAUGUCGAUGGUUCCAGACUGCAGCUUUCUCCUUGUGGCUCUGAAUUUUUAUUUGAAAAGGCGCCUCCCAUUUCAGCACAUCCUUUAGAACAACCAGAAAGGAUUCGUCAAAGGACACACUUUGUUAUCAGCACUUACCGAGAGCAACUACAGCGAGCCAUAGAUUUUCGAAAUUCUUUUGCUACUUGCCCUUUUUUAUCAGAAAGCAUUAUACCUUCUGAAAGAAAAAAGCGUAUCUUCAUUGACUUCUCAGAAGUGAGAUGGCCCAGUCCUGGUACUGAUGAUGGCAUGCUGUGUAUGCAGAGCGGCACCGUGAAGAUAUCAUCAUUAGACGGGCAUGCAUACCUUUGUCUGCCGAGAUCACAGCUUGAAUUUACAGUACAUUUUUUGUGUAAAGUAAGCCAGAAGCCAGACUCCUCUAUAGUAUUGUCAGAAAAGAAGAAUCAAGCAAGAAAAGACAAACUAGAUGAAAAAGCAGGCAAAAUCUGUACAUAUGGAAGUUUAUCAAGACAGACACCGAAGAGUAAAGAAAAUGAACUUUACUAUCAGAUCAUGAAAUCCAAGGAACUUUUAGAGGAAAAGAGCUGUAUAGAUGGAGCCGAAGGGAGGGAGGAGCCACCUCUGCCAGGUUCAAAACACACGUGUGUAUACACGUGGGUGAAGCAACGCUGGCCUGUGGCCUCCUGUCCAGAGGAAUGGAAAUAUCCCUUAUCAUUAGCACUUCAUUUGCAUAAUAAAAUCAGCAGUAUGUCUAGAAUUGAUGCAGCCAUCACCCAGAAUAAAACUUUAACUUCUGGUAUUUCAGAGGAAAGAGGAAAAGAGGUUUCUGUUCUUCCCAGGGCCCUGUUACUCAGCUGUCCUGUCCCACACCUGCACAGGUGGAAUUUUUGUGAUUCACUCUCACAAGGACAGUUUGAUGAAGAAUAUCCCUAUCCUGAACUGGUGAAAGUGGUUUGGUACAAAGGUAUAACUUACCGUCUAAACUUGCUUGGUCCCAAUCUGACAUUUGACAUCCACCCUUACAGAGAAGAGAAAACUUAUUCAGUAAAUAACCUUCCUCCUGAUAGACCAGGAAGUCUGUUCUCUGUGUGUUCUCUAAUUAAACAGGCAACCAGGAUUCUUCAGCACUGUGCCAAGACAAGGCUUUCUUUAAGCCAUAACUAUCGUAUAUGCUGCUGGAAAAUGGUACCUGGGAUAAAUGAUAAUAAUAGACUGCCUUUACUUAUGAGAGACUCACUCAUACCCAGCUUGGGACGAUUUCUUGCAUACUCUGAUGACAAAGUACAUGCUCUUUUUUUGGAUGGCAUUACUCUGACCCUAAAUUGGAAUUUCAGCUCUUUUACUGAAAAGAGACAGGAAUGUCAGGGUCUCAACUUAGCUUGGUGUAAGUUAACUUUUCCUGAUGGGCAAGAUCAGUUAAUUCAGAUUGAACACCCUGGACCAUAUGCAAGGUAUGUGACAGCAGUCAUAUCAUGGUGCAGAAGCCUGACCCAGACUAAUCAGAGAGAGAUACCCACACAUUCUUCAUCUUCUGUUCUUGAAGAAAAUUGGUCUGUGGCCUCUGAACUUGAAAAGAUAAAGAAAUUUAACUUGUUACUGGAGAAUAGUGGUAUCCUAAACCAGAUUUCUAACAAAGAAAAUGAACAAUCAUCUGAUCAUUAUGAGCCAAAACCUUCGGAACCCUUGCUGGAAGAAGUUCAUGAAAAGAGAGUAUCAGUGGCAUUGAAAAAAACCUCUGAAAUCCUUCAGGAUAUUGACUGUCUUCUAUCAAAUUCUAAAAAGUGAAAAAUUAUCACAAACCUUAAGGAUGUUGUUUCAAGUGACUAGUAUAAAAUUACUAGCAAGCCAAGAAGUUAUAUAUAUUAAUUACUUCUGGGCAAUGAUUGUAUGAAAAAAUGACAUUUAACUUUCGAGGUUACCUAACUUGUAAAUUUUAAGAUCUAUAUUUAUAAUGUACUUUAUUAAUAAAGAACUAUUUAAAAAUUUUGAACCA